ACUGCAAUUCAUAGUCAGGUCAUUUUGCAACGAGAAAACACAUUUUUCAAGAGAGGAAUACAAGUUUUUGUAAUACCAGAUAAGAAGUUAUAUAAUAUAAAAAGGACGAAAAUAUAUUCUUUUCUUACAAUUAUCAAUAUUUCAGUCCAAAAUCAAGCUGUAUGGUUCAAAAUGUUUCGACUUCAAAGAUGUAGCCUUGACGAGGCGACGCGAGCCGUCGAGGGUGUCUUCGAAAAAAAAUUUAAAAGAAAUUUGGGUGGCUAGCUAGCAUGCACGUGCACGAGCAGCAGAAGCCCGACGAAAUCCUUUCCCGGGCGCUUCGGCCCCGCGCGGACUGACGAACCGGCAGAGUCGGUGUAGCUAUAGCCGCGUCCGUCUUCGCGUCCAUGCAGUUUACACGGCCGUCGAACUUUCCGGCUGCGCUGCUCUGUUUUGUUUGAAACCAAUAAUAUAUCCGGGACUUGCAACUCACAUUGAGGCUUGAGUGACGUUAGAAAUAGAUCAACAUCAUGGAUGAAGAAAUCAACAAAACCUUUGAAGCCUUCAAUUCUCAUUUGGUCAAAGAGCAAGAUAAGAGAGAGGAGAUUCGAAAUGUUGUUCGUGAACUGGAGCAAACUGGAAGGGAGAUUAUGACUGUUCUAAAUGCUAUCCAUCAGGGUAGUGGAAUCAAAGAAGUUUCUCAGAUUUGCAAGAGAAGUAGGGAGCUGUUUCAAACUGUUAAAUCAAAAAUAGAACAACUGGCUGCUUUGUUCCCUGCAGAUGAAUAUUACAGGUUCCAUGAUCAUUGGAGAUUUUGUAUUCAAAGACUUGCCUUCUCAGCUUCUCUCAUUGUCUAUCUUGAAUCAGAGAGAUUAGCAACUAGAGAGGAAGUAGCAGAAUUUUUGGGAGUUACUGUCAAGAAAUCUGAUGGAUUCCACAUCGACUUAGAAGAUUUCCUUCAUGGCUUGCUAUCAUUAGGAAAUGAGUUGUCCAGACUGGCAGUGAACAGUGUCACAGCAGGGGAUUACAGCAAACCCAUUCGCAUCGCAGCGUUCAUGGGAGAGUUGAAUUCUGGUUUCAGGCUUCUGAACUUGAAGAAUGACUCGCUCCGAAAGCGAUUCGAUGGACUCAAGUACGACAUCAAGAAGAUUGAGGAGGUCGUGUAUGAUAUCUCCAUCAGGGGUCUGAGACCCACGGCUCAAGAUGCGAAGGAACCGUCCAUGGAGGAGACACCAGCACAAGGAGAGAAAUGACCUUUGAUGUAGCUGCUGGAGGAAGAAGAGUUGGGAGAAGGGACCAAUGCAUGACCAUAAGCCCAUUGCAGAGAGAGUUCCAUUUAAAUGCAACCCCGUAAAUCAAGCGUUAAUCCAGAAUACACUCAUUUCAUUGGCUGAAGGCAUAGGUGCAUUGAUUUUUGGGGUUUCCUUCAAUUGCAAUCAUUUCUGCAAUGGGCCCCUUGAAAUGGGAAAUUUUAUAUGGAUUUUAACUUUGCCAAAGUAUUAUUGCUUUUGAAAGGAGGGGCUGGAUACGAACUUUAUUAGAGAAGAAAAGUUUUAUUUGAGAGUAGAGGGUAAAACAUUAUCCUUCUUGCCUGUUUUUGUUUUCCAUUGUUAGGUGACGUUUGCUACCCCUGAAUGUGUUUGUUAAUAAGCUUUUGUUUUUAGAUAAAGCUAUCUAGUUAAUUGUAUUUAGGUACAUACUUUAGGUCCACAGCUUUGCUGCAUGCGAGAAUUCAUGGAGACUUUCCCUGAUCCUCCAUCUCGUCCAUGGUAAAAUUUGAGGAUUAGAACUGACAAGAAGCUAUGCAGGAUUAUUGCCAAAAGCCACAGUUAAUCUUGGCAUAGACUUUUAUUCAGGUACCUUAAGACAUUCCAGACUAAACUUUUGUGUGACCCCAAUCAUGACAUUUUUUAUGCCUGUACUUAUGACCAAUAUCGAAUCGUGUCAAAAUAUUGAUUGGUAGAUGGAUUCAAGCUGCCAUGUUGGAUGACAAGCAAUAUAAACCUGUGCAUUAAGCUGUGAUCAGUCAUUGUUUUCAAGGGCCCAUCUUACAAAGGGCUACAAUUAAUCCGAUCAACCUUAACUCUGUGGAAAUCCAUCAAUGUCAAUUUUUUUUUUCCAAAGUAAAUUUGUACAAUGUCCAUUAUAAACCAGGGGAAGUACACUAAUGUCUUAAUAAAACAGUGGAUGUAUGAAUAUACAGAAAAUAUUUUUUACAGACAUACAUUUUAGAUGUUGAUGGCUUUCCAUAGUUGUGGUUGAUCUGAUCAACUUUUUGUAAAAUGGACCCUGGUCUAAUGCACAGGGUUCCCAUUGUUAUGUCCUCCAGCAUGGCUGCUUGUGACGUCAUGUGGGAAUCCUCUGUAUGAAAAAAGGAUAAAGUUAGGAGUAUCAUAUAUCUUGAUGGGGAGCAGCCCAAAAAUAGUGAAAUGGCUCAUUGGCAAAUGGGGGCUCUUACCCUGGUAACUGAUAAUGUCAAAGUCUUUUUACAGCAAAAUAUGAUGUGGAGUUUUCAUUAGCCCAAGAUACUUGAUGUGCUUAUGAUACCUGUCUUUAUUAGCAGCAGGGCAAGAUGUUUACAAAUUUGCUAACAGGUUUCCACAAGCUUCUGUAAAUGAAAGCUACUGGGGUGAUUUUUUCAGGUAUUUGAAAUAAAAGGGACCGAAAUUUUUACACAGACAUCUACUAUAGAAUACUUAAUUCUUUUGGAUUUUAACUUUAUACAAUGCAUUUUAGAGGAUGGUGGCUAUGUGCUUCAAUAUGAAUGCUUGCAUUAUUUAUGGCCAUUGUAUGAUUUCAUGUGUUGGCGAUUGUAAAGACAAGCCAUUUAGAGGCCUAACAGUGAUCGUACAGAUGAUCUUAUAGUGCCCUCACAAUGCCUUGGGGCUGAUUGUACACUGCCUGUAUUGUGUGUAAGGGCCAUGUCCAUAGAUUUAAAAUAAAAUUGUAUAUCAUAGCACUAUAAACUAAAGUCUUAAAGCUGUAUGAUGAUUGUGAAUUUGUACGAAAAUUAUACAAUCAUUGUGUGCCACCCUGGAUACGAUCACCCUAGAAAACACCCUACGAUGAUCGUAGAUCAAAUAUCAAUAGGGUAUAUUAAAGUAGUCUUGCAUCAAAUGCAGUUUUUUUAAUUUGCCUUUCUUUAGCUUUCAAAGAAGCCUUCAAUUAUGGAUGUUCUUAGAUGUGGUGAAUGGAAGGUGGAAGAAAGAGGAAUACUCAUCAAGAAAAGGUAAACUUAGGCCAAUUGUUAUGAGACAAGCAAGCAUAAAACUUGCAUAAAAACGUCUAUGUAAAGUAAGUUUUUUUUAAUGAGAAUGUUAUCAUUAAAAGUAUUCUAAAACCUACAAAAAAACACAAUAGAUUUGUUUAAUUGAGUUACAAAGUUUUAUUUUAGUGUUGAUAUGUAUUUGAAGAAAUGCAUCUCAAUUCUUGAUUUCUUGUGAUGGAUGUGGGGGCAGGUUGUUCAUGACAGGCUCCACUGUGGUAUGGUGCUUUAAUAUAAUUUUGGAAAUUUGUAUUAAAUUACCAAGAUUUAUCAUAAAUCAACUGGGCCAAAGUACUAGUCUGCAGGCACUGACCCUGAAUGAAACUUUGAUCAAUAAGUGCGUCUCCACGCAAAGACUGGCACAUACAAAAUUUGCUGUUUCAAUUCAGAGUGAGAGGGCCUUCAGUACACAAAGCAUGAGUAGGCUGUACAUUCAGACCCUUAACAGCAGACUACCAAAGUAUAGUAAUAGGAGAAUUACCAGCCCAUCCUAUUUGUACAAUACACGACCACCAAUAUGAUUUAUCUCAUUCCAACUCUUGUGCCAUGAAAACACUCCCUCCCUCCUCCAGAUCAGCCUUAACCCUAACUCUCCCGGGGUAUUUUGAUUCUUGUCAUUCCCGGGGGGGGGGGGGGGGGGCCGCCGAUCGCGCAAGUGACGCAAAAAUUUGCACGCUGGUAGUGUGCGAUGUAAUCUACAAGGCUGUCUGGUAAAAUUUUCCAAAAUAAUGAGAUUUUGUUUUAUAUGAAUUAAUUAUGCUAAUUUAUGCAUAAAUCAUACUUUUUGCUCCAAUUCACUAAAUAAAGCUCCUAGAAUGCUAAUUUUUGGUAAAAAUAUUCUUUGUAGAAUUCUUAACAAUCGUAAUUAAAAAAAACUUCGGUUUGGAAAUCAA